AUGGCUCCUAGACGUACAUUUACUGUUAAAGAAAAAGUGGAUAUCAUUUCGAGACUGGAAAAUGGUGAAAACAAUGUUGAUCUGUGUAAACAAUUUGGGGUUUCUCAUUCUACAAUAUCAACGAUGUGGAAAAACCGCGCUAAAAUUAUGCAGUGUUUUGAAUCAAAAUCCCUGAAAAUAAAGAAAAAUCGUAAUCCAACUCAUCAAGAUAUUGAAAAUGUACUUCUAGUGUGGUUUAAAGCACAGAGAAGCCAAAAUGUACCUAUAAGCGGUCCUCUUUUGCAAGAGAAAGCUAAUCAUUUUGCCAGACAGCUUGGGAAAACAGACUUUAAAUGUUCAGAAAGCUGGAUUUACAGAUUUAGACAACGUCAUGAUAUAGUGGUCGGUAAAGUUUGUGGAGAAACGACUGUGAUAAUUGGUUGA